AUGUCGGAUGCCAAGUACCAGCAAAGGAACAUGAAGCUCUACUUUCUCGUCGUGCUGCUGGCAGCAUUUAUUAUGCCACUCGCUGCUGUGCCUGUCGCUGUUGUGCUUCACAGGGCAUUCACCGUCGAACUCGGCCAAAACGGCGUCGCCCUGGGCAGCAGCAACAACGUCCUAGAAGAAACAGCAGACGCAAUCAGGCAUGGCCUGCGUACCGCCUGCCCCGACGGCACCGCGCAAGGGUGCACUAAUGGUGUUGGAACGUUUGCUGGCUUAUUCGAAAAGGAAAUCACUGUCACCGUCAUGUCAGCGAAAUGGGGCGGCAAUCGCGAAGUGUACGAUAUCCUGAUGGAUGCCGUCGCCCUCCUUGCUGUCAAUGGCGUGGGGCCUGUGACUGGCAGGAAAUGUACCGAUAACACCUAUUGCACGACGUGGGAUCGAUUCAACGUGACGUUCAAGGAUGGGUUGUGGCACAUGAACGUGGCGCUCGAGAAUAAGUACAACGUGUACAACACCCAUGACUGCUAUAAGGGUUUGCAGAACGCGAAGAACGUCCUAUCAGAUUUGCAACCCAGGAUGGAGAAGGCGUCCGACGAUGGGGACGUCUAUGUCGAUGCGACUUGUUAUGAUCCAAACAAGAAGUCGGGCUAG